CCCUGAAAAAUUUAUACAUUUUACCUUUUGUAGAAACAUGGCAUCGGACCGUCGGGAGCUGGCUCGCGUGGGUAUCACUCACAUUGUGAACUGCGCGCAGAGCCGAUGGCGUGGCGCCGCCGACUGCUACGCUGGCAUGAACGUGACGUACCUCGGCAUCGAGGCGCACGACUCGCCCGCCUUCGACAUGAGCAAAAACUUCUAUCCUGCUGCAGAAUUCAUACACAAAGCGCUCACUGGAGGAGGUAAGGUUUUGGUCCACUGUGCAGUGGGCCUGAGCCGGUCGGCCACGUUGGUCCUGGCCUACCUGAUGAUCCGGCAGAACUUAACCCUGGUGGAGGCCAUCAAGACCGUCAAGGACCACCGCGGGGUCACACCCAACCGAGGAUUCCUACGCCAGCUCAGUGGCCUGGACGGCAUCCUGCGUGAGAGCCGUCGCGCGGCCGCCGCGCAGACCGGCUAAUGCUAAGAUAAUGCUAAUGGCUAACGUCACAGCAUGCAUACACACGACUGAAAAUGAAACAGCUAAAAACUGCCCAAAUGAUGACAGUUGAGUGACCAAGUGCUCAGUCAGAUUAGCACUAAAGGCUAAUGUUAAGGGAAAAAAAAAAAGAAGCCUGAGCUAAUUUUUUUUUCAUCAGUUUGACAGAAAAUUUAUCUCACAAUUACCUCCAGGAUCAUGGUGAUAAAACGGUUUUCUAUUGUGACGUCCUAUUUCACCACAAAAAUACAAACGCUAAUUAGCUUAGCGGAAAUGCGAACAAACAAAGAGCUGGAUUUGUAAAAUUUGUCUUGAUCGUGUUGAAUACUAAUGUGUUACAGUUUUGGUUCUAUUUUAUAAGAAAAACACUCCACAAAUGUGUCAACAAACAACACAAAAACAAGAAACG